AUGAGCGCCCAAGGCCCCGCGGCACUCCCGCCUACCACAGUGCUCAGCACCAAGCCCAUCUCCCAGUCCGAGGCCCACGAAUUCCUAGCCAUGUACCUUGAGCGUGCGCGCACAGAUGCAUCGCUGCAACCCAAUGCCAGCAUCAACGAGAGCGGCCCCGUCUCCCGUACAACGUCUGCCGCUCCAAAUUUGAUCCUCCACAAUCUGAAGCGUGUGCAGGCUGGUCUGGCCGGAGAAGUGCUUGGUCGAGACUUGACUGUGCAGAAGCAAAACCCCGGCGAGGACUAUCUGGACAUUCCCACGACAGAAGCGACACAAGAUCAGGCCGAAAAUGGGGAGGAUGGCGAGAAUAACGACUUGGAGAUGAACGACGUGGAGAUGGAAACAGAGGCCGAAGCCUUCGCCGAGCAGGAGGAAGAGCAGGCGAGCGUGGAUAAGGAAGAGCGCAAGAGAAGGAAGAAGGAGCGCCGCUUGGCCGAGAAGAAGGCUAAAGCCAAGCAAGCAGAUGACUCAGAUUGA